AUGGUCGUUUUGCAUGCAAGGACACCAACCGUGUUCACCGUACCUUUACCAAAAGCUCAGCUGCAGACGCAAACUCUUUUUAAAUCUAAUGAAACUGCUGGAAACGUUUACAGGAUUCCUGCUCUUCUGUAUGAGAGAGAAAGUAAAACUUUACUUGCCUUUGCAGAGCAGAGGAAGACUCCAGAUGAUGCCAGUGGAGAAAAGCUGGUUAUGAGAACAGGAAAGAUCAAGGAGGGAUCCUCUGAGAAGAUGGUUGAGGUAAUAUGGUCAGAGCUCAAAGAGGUGGAAAAGGCACUUAUUAAAGGAUACCGUCCAAUGAACCCCUGCCCGGUGUAUGACAAGAUCAACAGGAAACUUUCCCUGUUUUUCAUCUGUGUUGAAGACGGUAUCACUGAAAUGUACCAGAAAGAAAACUAUGACAACAGGACCCAUCUCUGCUACAUUACAAGUGAGGAUCUCGGAGAAACCUGGAGCGAUGUGAGCGAUUUGACUGACAAACUGAGUGAAAUAAAAAACUGGCCGACAUUUGCAGUUGGGCCAGGCCAUGGGAUUCAAACAGAGAGUGGUAGACUGAUUAUCCCAGUUUAUGCAUAUACUUCCUUUUGUUGCAAACCUUGUUUCUUACCAAGUAGUAAAUCGUAUGUACUCUCACUGUAUAGUGGUAGUCAUGGCAAAAACUGGAAAUUUGGGGAACUGUUUAAUACGGUAUCAGUUGAGUGUGAAAUGGCUGAACUUUCCAAAGACUACUGCAACGCCCGUAAUGUGGGUGGCUAUCGAGUGGAAGCAGUCAGUCAUGAUAAUGGAGUUAAGUUCAACAUUCUCCAACCUGGAAACAAGCUUGUGGAAACAGAUUCAGGCUGUCAGGGAAGUGUGAUCUCCUUCCAAGCUCAACCAGAAAAUGCAAACACAGAAAGUGACCCAAACCAGAACUUUGAAAAGUGGCUGCUGUUCAUGCACCCGACCAGUCUGACAGACAGGGUUGAGUUAGGAGUGUAUCUGAACAUGUAUCCACCUCACAUAAAAGCAUGGAGCAAACCCUGCAUCAAUAAUGAGGGACCCAGUGGUUACUCACACCUGGCUUACAUUGAUGAUGGCUGCUUUGCAUGUCUGUUUGAGUGUGGGCAGCAGGAAAUAUAUGAGCAAAUAGCCUCUGUUGUCUUUCAUUACACUGACAUCAAGGAAGGGACUGAAUUUUAG